AUGGUGUACGUUCUGAAGGGAGUUCUCGUCGAAUGUGACCCACCCAUGAAACAGUUAUUGCUGAAGUUGAAUGAAACAAAGGCUCUGGGUGAAACAUUUGUUCUCAGUGAUUUGGACGACUCGCAUCUCUUCAUCGACUCCAGAUUUGUAAAGGCUCUUCAAGAUAAGAUUGAUGAAACCAUGGACAAAAUACACUUUCCCUUGGAAGCCAGCAAUUUGGAAUCAUUUAAUUAA